AUGGAUCCGUUGAGGGUUCUUAGAGCAAUCCGGUUUAGUACUAGGUUAGAGUUUGAAAUGGGGGAAGAGGUAAAGGUUGCAGCUGGAGACAAUGAUGUGAAAUCAGCAAUUGUUGGUAAAGUUAGCAGAGAACGAAUCUGGCAUGAGAUUCAUCUUAUGUUAAGUGGGAACCAACCGGCUAAAGCAUUGGGUUAUUUAUCAGACUUUGGGUUGUUUUGGGUUGUCUUCACACCACCUUCAAAUUGCAAGCCUUUAAUCUUAAAAGAAGACAAUAAAGAUAAAAUCUAUAAACAGAAGAGGGUGUAUUUGUAUGCGUCUUUGCUCCUUCCACUUUGGAAGACUGUCUACAUAGAUAACAAAAAGAAAACCGCACCCGUUGUGACCUAUAUUAUCAACACUAGUGAUGGUGAUGAGGUUAUGAGGCUGUAUGAUGCAGUUGACAAGUUUUUGUGUUUGAUCCCUUUGAUAUUGUUUGGUGAAGAUAUGGAAAUUCCUUGGGAAACUGAUAUUAUUGAGGUUUCUGUGGCAUCGAAAACAAGAAUCUUGUUGGGUUUGCUUUUGAGGGAAAUCAAAGGUUUAUGGAGGGCUGCAUUGAUGAUGUCUACUUUUUUGUUUAAGAAUACUGCUGUUGAGGGUCUAUUAGGGGGGGAAAGAAGGGAAGUGUUCAUGAAGGUUGAGCAAGAAAUCUUGAGAUUAGGUCUGGAAAAAGUGUGGGAAAUGAAAGCUUUGGUUAAUGGGAAGGAUAUAAUGAGGCAUUUGGGGGUUGAAAAAGGGGGUCCAGCUGUUGGAAAAUGGCAGAGAAGAUUACUACAACUGCAACUUGCUAACCCUUCUUGUGGAAGUGUAAAGGAAUGUUUAGAUUGGAUGACUGAGCAAAUGAAGUUGGAGUAA